GUACGCUCUGGGAGAGGACAAGCGACGCUGUCAAGGUCUCGAAUUGGAAUAUUAGCAUCUUUUCCAGUUUUGUGUGCAUAAGAAACUUCUCUCAAAAGCAUUAAAAAAGUCGUACCAAACCCACACUUUUGGAUGGUCUUUUGCAUGGUGAGAACUGCUGCAGGGAGAACAGCAUGGAGAGCAAAGUGACACAGAUCUCCCGAGAAGAUCUGGAGGACCUGAGAGAGGCUUUCAACAAAAUCGAUAUUGAUAACAGUGGCUACGUAAGCGAUUUUGAACUUCAAGAGCUCUUUCGAGAGGCCAGCUUUAACAUUCCGGGAUACAAGGUACGGGAGAUUGUGGAGAAGUUCAUGGCAGGUGACACCAACAAAGACGAGAAGAUCAGUUUUGAAGAGUUUGUUGCGAUAUACCAAGAGAUGAGAAGCAAAGAGGUGAGAGAAACGUUCCGCAAGUGCAUCUCCAGGCGGGAUGGGAUUCGUUCGUUUGGAGGAACAUCAAAGAUCUCAAGUGAAGGAACUCAGCAUUCUUACUCAGAUGAAGAAAAAGUGGCCUUUGUGAACUGGAUCAAUAAGACCUUGGCAGAUGAUCCUGACUGCAAGCAUCUGAUCCCGAUGGACCCGGAGACUGACAGCUUAUUCAAAUCUGUGAAAGAUGGAAUAUUGCUCUGCAAAAUGAUCAACCUCUCGCAGUCAGACACCAUUGAUGAGCGGGUCAUCAACACGAAGAAAUGCACUUCAUUUACAAUGACUGAGAAUUUGGUGUUGGCUCUCAACUCUGCGUCAGCUAUUGGCUGCACGGUGGUCAACAUCGAUGCUCAGGACAUGAAAGCAGGAACCCCUCACCUCGUGCUUGGCCUCCUCUGGCAAAUCAUAAAAAUCGGCCUGUUUGCUGACAUUGAGAUCUCACGCAAUGAAGCUCUAAUUGCUUUGCUGGGUGAGUCAGAGGAGCUGGACCACCUGAUGUCAAUGUCCCCCGAGGACAUUUUGCUGCGAUGGGUCAACUAUCACCUCAAAGCUGCUGGCUGGGAACCAAUCAGAAACUUCAGUGACGAUAUUAAGGACUCCAGGGCAUAUUUCCACCUGCUUAAUCAGAUCUCGCCUAAAGGAGACGGGGAUGACGAGAUGAGGAUUGACAUUGACAUGUCUGGUUUCAAUGAGCGUGAUGAUGAAAGGCGAGCAGAGCUGAUGCUGAAGCAGGCGGAUCGUCUGGACUGCAGACAGUUUGUCACUCCCAAUGAUGUGGUGGCAGGAAACCAUAAGCUCAACAUGGCCUUUGUAGCCAAUCUUUUCAACAUGUACCCGGCCUUGAACCGACCCGCCAGUAAUGGCAUUGAUUAUACAAUUGCAGGGGAAACACGAGAGGACAGGACAUUCAGAAACUGGAUGAAUUCUCUGGGAGUUGCUCCACAUGUCAAUCACAUGUACAGUGAUCUGCACGAUGGUCUCGUCAUUCUUCAGCUGUAUGAGAGAAUCCAGGUUCCUGUUAACUGGACUAGAGUCAAUAAACCUCCCUAUCCAAUACUGGGAUCCAACAUGAAGAAGCUUGAGAAUUGUAAUUAUGCGGUCGCACUGGCCAAAAAGGAAGCAAAGUUUUCCUUAGUAGGAAUCGGUGGUGAGAAUAUCAAUGAAGGAAGCUCCAUGCACACCCUUGCAUUGGUCUGGCAGCUAAUGAGAAGGUACACACUGAAGGUUCUGUCUGACAUCGGUGACGGGGAAAAAGUCAGUGACCAAGUUAUUAUCGACUGGGUGAACAACACCUUGAAGCAAGGCCAGAAAGACUCGUAUAUUAACAGCUUCAAGGAUAAAUCAAUCAGCACUAGCCUGCCAGUGAUUGAUCUGAUCGACACCAUCAUGCCCAAAGCCAUCAAAUACGAGAUGGUGAAGACCGGAGAGCUGACGCCAGAGGACAAGCUAAACAAUGCAAAAUAUGCAAUCUCAGUGGCGCGAAAAAUCGGAGUCAGGGUGUACGCCCUGCCCGAUGACCUUGUGGAGGUCAACCCCAAGAUGGUGAUGACGGUGUUUGCAUGCCUUAUGGGAAGAAGCUUGAAGAAAGUAGAUGGCUGACCUUUCUUGAAGGACACUGUCAGAAAGCACAACCCUCACCUUGCACUUUUUCUUCUGACUUCCCUUCUGCCUCAUUCACCGAAACG